ACGUUUCUCAGUUCCAAUACCAUUUCUACAGUCUCGUCUCUGUCUCUGUCUCUGUCUCUCUCCUCCUACAUCAAGAGUCUGAGUUCAAGUGCAAGUUGUUAAUGGUUGCGUGAAGAAGAAGUUUGGUAUAUUGGUUUGUUUUUUGUUGAUAUCAUCACUUGGGAAUUUUCUCGAAAUGGGGAAGAAAGAACAGCAAGAUCAGAAAGUUAAUGAGAGAGUUGAAGCUGUUCUCAAGCUUCUCAGAAAACAAGCUCCUCUCACUGUCAAACAGGAGAAGUUCUGCAACAAAGCUUGUGCUGAGCGUUUUCUGAGAGCAAAAGGUGAUAGUGUGAAGAAGUCUGCAAAGCACUUACGGGCUUGCCUUUCUUGGAGAGAGAGCAUCGGCAUAGAUAAUUUGACGGCAGAUGAGUUCUCAGCUGAGCUCGUCGAAGGACUCGCUUAUGUGGCUGGUAAUGAUGAAGAAUCCAGACCCGUCUUGGUUUUCAGGAUUAAGCAAGAUUACCAGAAGUUUCAUUCCCAAAAACUGUUCACUCGCUUGCUCGUAUUCACCCUAGAAGUAGCCAUUGGUACCAUGUCAAAAAGUGCUCAACAGCUUGUUAUCCUCUUCGACGCAAGUUUUUUCAGAUCAGCUUCAGCUCUUAUGAACUUGCUGCUGACAACACUGAAAAUUUUGGCCGACUACUACCCUGGAAGGCUUCAUAAGGCUUUUGUUAUCGACCCACCUUCGCUUUUUUCUUAUCUUUGGAAGGGUGUGCGUCCAUUUGUUGAGCUGUCAACGGCCAUGAUGGUGGUAUCAUCGCUGGACUUUGAAGAAUCGCUGGAAUUCAAUGACUUUUCAUCCUACCCACGUGCGUCGUCCCUCCGAUUUGACACAUCGUCGAUAAAAUCGACGGGCAAGAUUGGUUCUUGCUCUUCCUCCCGAUUUUCCUUCACAGUGUCCCACCAUUUUGACUCACUCAAACCGUGGUACCUCACUUUAACCGACACGUCAUCGUCCAAAGUUGGGCCCACAAGUCCAUACCCGAUUGGACCCGCACUCACGUCUCCUCUGAACGCCCGGUCACUCUCGUUCGCAUCACCGGCUGCAAGAGUUCCACGUGGCAGCAUUAACGGUGGAAGCAACCCGAGGCUCACCAGAAAAAGCUUAUUCCCAUCAACACCAUUGCCGCAGCGAAGCACCGGCCAUGAGCCAAUCAAAAUCAGCCAUCCUCGAACACCGCGUCCGUCAUUCCUCCAAUCACCGGCCAUAUUUUUCCGAAGGGAUUGCCACGUCACCGUCAAGACCGACAAGUCUCGAGAAUUGUUCUUACCAUAUUUAAAAUUCUACAGAAGGCCGUACGAUGAGAUGAUUUAUAGGUCAAAGAUGCGGCCCCCGCUCGGUGGCCUGAUCUCCAUUGUCUCCCCACAUCUCAAACGCCGCCACGUGUCAGUAUCACAACGGUUUUAACUGCACCGGAAAGGAAAACACUGAUUAAUGAUGCUAAUUAUUGAUUGAUUAUUUUGUUUAUCUCGAGUUAUGUGGAGCAUGGGUUGUUGUAAUGUUGAUGGUGAGCUCGUGCGGGUGAUUAAUUAAGAAGAAGAAGGAGACUACGUGCGAGGUGGGAUGUGAAAACUUGUGCGCCAUGUUUAGUUUUGAGCUCUGUGGAAACAUAUAUAUAUAAAAUCUACACCGUGGUCGAAACGGCGAACACUGUACUGCAUUGGAAAUCUUCCUGUACCAAGAACUUAAACCAAAGCGUUGAAAACAAAUUAAAUCUACAUAUAUGUUUCAAUUCAGAGUUGAAUAUGUUAAUACAUAAUGAAUAUUUAUUUUUA